CGUAUUAGUUUACUGACAUAACACCGCCAUGAAAGCCGUCUUUGUGUUCGCCUGCCUUAUUGCCGCGGUGUACGGGGAGAUCUGCACAACUACUGGCACUGCGGCUGACUGUUCCCUUACCACGUGUACCGGGGACGGCUGGGACCUACAUUGUGCUGACGGAAAGUGUGUUUGCACGCAUGGAGGCACAGUUGGAGAUUGCGCGACUAAUGCUGAUUGUCAUAAUGCCCACAUUGGUGGAAUAUCAAUCAACUGCAACAUUCAUAUCGGCCCCAUAAAUCUGGUACCGGUUUGCCGUGGAGGCGAAUGCCACUGUGGACGCCAGUAGCAUCAAUAAUGCUAUGUGUAUAAGAGUCAAAUAAUAAAUUCUUCGACAGAUA